UUUUUUUUUUUUUUUUUAUAUAAUUUUUUUUUCUUGUUCUUUACAUGACGAUCUCUCCUAUGUCAAUGCCAUUUCCUGUAGAUGAAGUGAGGGUACGACAAAGCGUGUUUCCGACGGAUAUCGAAGACCCAAUGACAUUUCGACCGAGAGCAUGUGGUAUUGCAGUGGAUUUAAUCCUGCAACAAGCCAACUUGACGGGUUGGCUGACUAAACAUCGGCCACCAACGUUUUCCUUUUUAAAGAAUAUUAAACGUCGUUAUGUAGUGCUGGUAGAUCGUAUGUUGUACACCUUUAAAUCAACGCAACCGGACACGUAUCGCGAGUUCUUUGAACUGACAGCGAAUACGAAUGCAUAUGUGACAGAUCAGGUGACGGGAGCACUCUUUUGUAUUGAAGUCAAAAAGAAGGGUCAUGAAGAUAGUUGGUUUUUACAGGCGGAUAACGCAGAGGACAUGAAGAUGUGGUUAGAUCGUAUUAAACGAACGAUUAGUUGUUUAAGGACGCCAGGUCUGACGGGUACAAUAACAAGUCAAAAGUUAGCAGAGAUUAUGACUGAAUGUGAAGAAUAUUCUACUAUUGCAGGCAAUCAUCGUAGUUCUUCCACUUCUUCUAUAAGUGAUCUCUCUGUGGCAUUUCCUAUGCCUCCUUGUUCACCUAUUUCAUCGAUUCAUGACUCUAUUAAUCGAAAGUCAUCACAACGUUCGUAUUCUAUCUCUUCAAAUUUACCACCACAAUUACCACCACCUACGUCUCUACCACCACCUAUUCCAUCAUACGCAUAUAUAUAACCCCCCUCUCCACUUCCCAUUUUUCUCUUACAUUAUUUUAUUUCUGUACAUAUAAUAUUUUUAAUAAAAAGAGGCUUGCCUAAAAAGGAAAUAGCUUAAAAAAGCUAAAAAAG